AUUUUCAGAUUACUUCUUGUUGAUAAUAAGGGUUCAUCAUCUGCAAAGUGCCAGUCUGAGAUUGUUAUUACCUAUCACACAACCAGGAUACACACUCGUGCAUACAUCAUGAUUGGUACAGUACAGAAGAUCGUCAUGUUUGACGUCGACGGCACGCUCACCCCUGCUCGUAAGGAUAUGAAGCAGAAUAUGAUCGACUGUUUAGCCAAGCUAGGUGCCGUACCCGAUCUUCACAUCGGUGUAGUGGGUGGCUCGGAUCACAGCAAAAUCAUUGAACAACUAGGACAUGGUGCUGAGCACAAGUUCAAGUACUUCUUCUCGGAGAAUGGUUUGACUGGUUUCAGGGACGGCCAGCCCCUGCCCACCACUAGUAUCAAGGCGCAGUACGGCGAUGCCAAGUUAAACACAUUCAUCAACUUCGUGCUGACUUACAUCGCGGGGUUGGAUAUUCCCAUCAAGCGUGGCACGUUUAUUGAAUUUAGAAACGGAAUGAUCAACGUGUCGCCUAUUGGCCGCAACUGUUCGUACGACGAGCGGGUUGAGUUCGAGAAGUACGAUGUGGUGCACAACGUACGCUCUACCAUGGUUAAGGCACUACAAGAGAAGUUUGCCGACUACGGGUUUACCUACUCAAUUGGUGGCAUGAUCAGUUUCGAUGUGUUCCCUACCGGAUGGGAUAAGACCUUCUGCCUGACGCAACUACUAGACGAUGGCUACAAGACUAUACAUUUCUUCGGCGACAAGACAUACAAGGGUGGUAAUGAUUACGAGAUCUUCUCUGAUGAGCGCACCAUUGGUCACACAGUCACUUCACCGGAGGACUGUAUCGUGAAGCUCACCGAGUUGUUCUUGCAGUGAUUGCAGCAGCAGAUAUCAGAAGCUAUGUAGACAAGCAUAUGUUAUGACAUUUUUAAAUUUAAGACAUGGUAAUAUAAAAAUAGUGAUUAAUGUAUUGAGAAUGCAUCAAUAAAGUGCAAAAUAAAUGAUGAAACUG